GCACAUGACAUCCAUUCCAAUGUACCUGUUUCUAAACCUUGUUGUUACUACUGUGAGAUAGAAGAUAGAGAGGAAAGACAAGAAAAAGAAAACCCUAGCCAACAAAAAAAUUGGUUUAUUUGAUUUGGGGGUUCAUGUCAGAAAUGAUUUGGGGGUAAAUUAAGCACAUAACAUUACAGUAUUUAUAGCAGCGAGCACUGAAAUUGAAAUUGUGGGUGGAGACUGGAGAGGAGAGAAAGAGGGGGAGAGGAAUGGAAGCAAUACCGCACCCAGUACCCAGAACUGUUGAAGAGGUUUUCAGCGACUUUAAGGGAAGACGUGCUGCUCUCAUCAACGCCCUCACCACUGACGUUGACAAGUUUUACCAACAGUGCGACCCUGAGAAGGAGAAUUUGUGCCUGUAUGGAUUUCCAAAUGAAACAUGGGAAGUCAAUUUGCCCGUUGAGGAAGUGCCUCCUGAACUUCCUGAGCCUGCUCUAGGUAUCAACUUUGCUAGGGAUGGUAUGCAUGAGAAGGACUGGUUAUCCCUCGUUGCAGUUCACAGUGACUCUUGGCUGCUUGCUGUUGCUUUCUAUUUCGGUGCUCGCUUUGGAUUUGGCAAGACCGAAAGGAAAAGGCUUUUUCAGAUGAUAAAUGAUAUGCCGACUAUCUUCGAGCUUGUGACAGGAGCUGCUAAGCAAUCAAAGGACCAACUGGUUGCUAACAACAAUGGUAGUAAGUUCAAACCAAGUGGAAAGUCCCACCCAUCUGAGCCUCAGGCCAAGGGAAUGAAGAUGUCUGCACCACCUAAAGAAGAGAAUGAGAGUGGAGAAGAAGAAGAUGAUGAUGAACAAGGUGCAACCUGUGGCGCUUGCGGUGAGAAUUAUGGCACUGAUGAAUUCUGGAUCUGUUGUGAUAUGUGCGAGAGAUGGUUCCAUGGUAAAUGUGUCAAAAUUACUCCCGCUAAGGCUGAGCACAUCAAGCAGUACAAGUGUCCAAGCUGUAGCAAGAGGGCAAGAGUUGGGUGAAAGCUCUGAAACUUUGGACCAGUGACAGUUUAAAGAAGAGCAAGCUUCAAAGUGUCUGAUAACAUAUUUACAAGUGAAAAACAUUGUUACCUGUCCUAGUCAAUGCUCUUUAAUCACUAUGCGGAAUUUCAAGUUUUGUUACUUUUCAUUUCUACUGUCUAAUCUUCGGAAUUGUGUUUUUAAGUAGUCAUUGGCAACAACAAUACUAUAUUAUGAUAUAUAUUUUGCAGCUUUUAUGCAUUUUUUUAA